CGACGCACGCAGUCGGAUUAAGAUGGCAGCGGCUGAGGGUCCCGCGGGCGACGCGGAGCCGUGGCAGUCCUGGCUGCCCAACCACGUCGUGUUCCUGCGGCUCCGCGAGGGGCUGAAGAGCCAGAGCCCCGGCGAGGCUGAGAAGCCGGCGUGCCCGUCGCCGUCCGCGCCGCCGCUGACGAGGAGCCUGGUCGUGGGGCUGGGCGGAGAGCUCUUCAUGUGGGACGGCGACGGCGGCUCGUUCCUGGUGGUGCGCCUGCGGGGCGGCGGCGCGGGCGAGGAGCCGUCCCUGUCCCAGUACCAGAGAUUGCUCUGCAUAAAUCCGCCCCUGUUUGAAGUCUACCAAGUCCUGUUAAGUCCAACGCAGCAUCACAUAGCGCUUGUGGGAACCAAAGGACUUACAGUGUUAGAGCUGCCUAAGAGAUGGGGGAAGAACUCUGAAUUUGAAGGCGGAAAAUCAACAGUGAACUGCAGUACCACGCCCAUCGCUGAGCGGUUUCUCACCAGCUCUCCGUCUCUGACGCUGAAGCACGCCGCCUGGUACCCCAGUGAGCUGCUGGACCCCCACAUCGUGCUCUUGACGUCAGACAAUGUGAUAAGGGUCUACUCUCUGCGCGAGCCUCAGACCCCCGCCAGUGUCAUCGUGCUUUCAGAGGCGGAGGAGGAAAGCCUGAUACUCAAUAAAGGGCGGGCGUAUUCAGCGUCCCUGGGGGAGACAGCCGUCGCAUUUGACUUCGGGCCGCUGUGCGCCGUCCCGAGGAGCGUGUUUGCACAGAAGGGCAAGGGCGAGGUCGUGGCGCACCCGCUGUACAUCCUGUGUGAGAAUGGGGAGACCUUUCUCACGUACGUCAGCCUGGUGCACAGCGCCGGGGGUGUGGGGAAGCUGCUGGGCCCACUGCCCAUGCACCCCGCAGCGGAAGAUAACUACGGCUACGACGCAUGCGCCAUCCUCUGCCUGCCCUGCGUCCCCAACAUCCUGGUGAUCGCCACCGAGUCUGGAGUGCUGUACCACUGCGUCGUGCUGGAGGGGGAGGAGGAGGACGACCAGACAUCAGAGAAGUCCUGGGACUCCAGGGCCGACCUCGUCCCGUCUCUGUACGUGUUCGAGUGCGUGGAGCUGGAGCUUGCCCUGACGCUCGCCGCCGGGGACGAUGACCCCUUCGAUUCUGACUUUUCUUGUCCCAUCAGACUGCACAGAGAUCCCAAGUGUCCCUCAAGAUACCACUGCACUCACGAGGCCGGCGUGCACAGUGUUGGGCUCACUUGGAUUCAUAAACUUCACAAAUUUCUUGGGUCAGACGAGGAGGACAAGGACAGCUUGCAGGAGCUGGCUGCCGAGCAGAAGUGCUUCGUGGAACACAUCCUCUGCACCAAGCCGCUGCCCUGCAGGCAGCCGGCGCCCAUCCGAGGGUUCUGGAUCGUGCCUGACAUCCUGGGGCCCACGAUGGUCUGCGUCACCAGCAGCUACGAGUGCCUCAUCCGGCCCUUGCUAAGCACCGUCCACCCGGCGUCUCCGCCCCUGCUCUGCACCCGAGAAGAUGAGGCCGCGGCCGAGUCUCCUCUCCGCAUCCUGACCGAGAGCCCGGACUCCUUCGAGAAGCACAUCAGAAGCAUUUUGCAACGGAGCGUUGCGAAUCCCGCCUUUUUGAAGUGGUCGGACAAGGCUGUGGCGCCGCCCCCCGAGGAGUGCCUGCAGCUGCUGAGCCGCGCCACGCAGGUGUUCCGGGAGCAAUACGUGCUGAAGCAGGACCUGGCCAAGGAGGAGAUCCAGCGCAGGGUCCGGCUGCUGUGCGACCAGAAGCAGAAGCAGCUGGAGGACCUCAGCCACUGCCACGAGGAGAGGAAGAACCUGCGGGAGAUGGCAGAGCGCCUGGCCGACAAGUACGAGGAGGCCAAGGAGAAGCAGGAGGACCUCAUGAACAGGAUGAAGACGGUGCUGCACCGCGUCCACGCGCAACUGCCGGUGCUGUCCGACCGCGAGCGCGACAUGCGGCGGGAGCUGCAGCGCAUCCCCGAGCAGCUGCGCCACCUGGGCCGCGCCAUCAAGCAGGUGACCAUGAAGAAGGACUACCAGCAGCGCAAGAUGGCGCGCGCUCUGAGCCCGCAGAAGCCCGCCAUGGCCCUCAGCGCCUACCAGCGCAGCUGCAUCCAGUCGGUGCUGAAGGAGGAGGGCGAGCACAUCCGGGAGAUGGUGAAGCAGAUCAACGCCAUCCGCAGCCACGUGAACUUCUGAGCCGCGGCGGGUCCCCACGGGCAGACGUGGCCACGGCUCCCACGGGGGC